AUGUGCAACUUGAUCUCGAAUUUUACAGGAGCACCCGACAUCGAUGAUCUGCAGACGACCCCUGUGGACGGUCUAACCGGAUGUCAAGAAGCCAAUACCACCACGCAGGCCCCAGUCACAAUGUGGCCACAAAGACCCCUGUCGGCAUAUCCGGAGUACAAAGCGUCGCAGAUUAUUUACGACUAUAACUUAUGGAUAUUCUGGGCCGUGGGUUUGCUGGGGAAUGUCGCCGCACUGUUAACCAUUACUAGGAUGAAACCUUUCUCCUCCGUGCUCGUCUACAUUGGCUGCCUGGCCGUGUCUGACAUAAUCUAUCUCACCGUGAAGCUAGUUUACGAGCAAAUGCGCAACAAACUCAAGUAUCUGGGAACGUUCGGCUGUGGACCCCUUCUCUUCUGUCUUCACUGGACCGGAAAAACCUCACACUGGAUCAUCCUCUUCAUGACUGUCGACAGGCUUAUCGCCAUAUGCUUUCCCUUCAAAGUCUCUGCGGUGUCCACCAAGAAGAACGUCACUCUGGCAAUGAUCUCUUUGGCGCUGUUCCAAGCCGGCGUCAACUGCCAUUAUUUCUUCUCCAACCAGGAGACGUUUCGCGGCGGAGGCAUCACUUGCACAACCAAACCGGAGUUCAAAGACUUCCGAACGAAGACUGUCUGGGUGUUCUUCACGUUGUCAUCCAUCAUACCGUGUGGAGGCGUUUUGCUGAUGAAUCUCGUGAUGGGGGCCAUAAUGAUACACACGUCGAGAACAACGGCGAAGCUAACAGAGGACGAAAAGAUGACGGGAGUGUCGAGACAAACCCGUAAGGUGACGCUGAUGUUGAUGACGGUGUCGGUGGCAUUCCUCGUGCUUGUGACUCCUGGACCGGUGUUUUAUCUGUACCUCACCUAUUGGAACUACCGUGCCAGCACCGAGCAGACCGCACUCUACUACUUAUUGCGAGAAACCGUCAACGCGUUCAUCAACGCUGAUCAUGCCAUCAACUUCUUUCUCUAUUUUCUCAGUGGGACGAAAUUCCGAACGAGUUUCUUGGCCAUUUUUAGAGGCAGCGGAAAGAAAUCGCAGGUGUCACGUUCCACCGUGUUAACGUCAUCAAACACAGCCAGGUAA